AAAUAUAUUUUAUGUGGAAUUUAUAGAAUGUUGUCUGUACUUUUCUGCUAAACAGACAUAAAAAGAUAUUUGACUAGAAGUUUAUGGUAAAAAAAUCACAAUGAAUUCAGUAUGUAAACUUGCACGAACCUUAAAGUACAUACAAUGUCUGAAUCCGGUGUCACGAUCACUUAAAAAUAGUUUAAGAAAUGAUAGCAAACAGGUGCACACUUCUAAAAUAAUGGGAAUUAAAAUGUUUAUGGAGCACGAAAAUCUAUAUGCGUAUAGCGUAAUGGAAAGCAAUGGAUACGCAGCAAAAUUAAAAUGGGAAGUUCAAACGGUCCCAGUGGCAAAAGACCAAUUUAACCAUUUGAUUCAGCAAGAUUGGUGUAAAAAGUCUCCCCAGGAACUUUUCGCUCUCUUGCCCUCUCUGGCAACAUAUUGCUCGGAACAUGGUUUAUGCAUAUCCAAUAAAAUAUUUGAUAGUUACAUAGAUAACCUAACUGACAAUAUUAAGCAUGCAACUGACGAGGAAUUGAAAGGAUUAUUUCAUUCACUAGCAAAAUGGCCAGAAACGGAAUCUAUCAGAACUAGAAACUACAUAGAAGUAUGGGCAGCACUUGACGAUGAGUGUUUGAAGAGGCAUAGAGAUUGGUCUGUUGAUCAAAUGAUUUCUUUUUUGUCUUUAUUUUAUUUAUUAAAUGUGACAAGAGCUAGUGACUAUUGUACUAAAAGUUUACAAAGGAUUACAAAUAAGGUGCAGCAGUUAACCCCACAACAGCUGGUGCAAGCUAUGUUCUAUAUAAGUGCAAAUCGUAAAUCACCUCAUGAUAUGCACAACUUAGAAGUAUAUUUGGAAAACAACUUUUCCAAGUUCUCAAUAGAUGAACUGGCCAUUAUGUCAAUGGGGUUUUUCAAAAGUAAAACCCCUAUAAGAACUAUGGCACUGAUAGAAAGAAUAAUAGACAAAAUUAUAGAACAAUCUUCUGAUGUGCAUGAAGUGUCACUAGCAGCGCUUCUGAAGGUGAUUCGUUAUUCAAUGAAAUCUGACGAAAACAACAAAAUUUAUGAGUUGCUGGAAGCUCUGCAGCAUGAAACUCCCAGACUCUCCGUCAUGUGCAAAGUGCACAUAGCCUUAGUUGGUACAGCAACACUCACACUACACAAACAAUGUUUAUCAAAAAUUGCAGAAUUAGUUAUUAAUUCUAUGUCAGAAGCCAGGAUAAAGGAUUUAGAAAGACUGGUUUUCACUUUUGGUACAUUUAACCACAGGCCUGACACAAAGGAGUGCUUUUUUAAAAAGGUUAUGGAUGAAUUGAGAAAAGUGGAGCGUGGGGCGGAGGUAAACAGAUUUGGCAGAUCAUUUGCUUGUACUAUUUCAUUCCUAGGAAUGUUCAACAUUUACCCUGUUGACCUCAUGGAUAAAGUGUUAAGUCCAGAAUUUCUAUUAAAUACCUAUGGAAAGUAUUGUCACAAUUAUGGCAAAGAAAUUUUAACAAUCCAGAAUGCAAGGGACAUUCAUUGUACAAAUGAAACACAAAUGAAUUCUCUAUCUACAAAACAAAUAACAAUUUUGGCAAAAAAAUACACGGAUUACUGUCCAAGUGAAAAUUUUCCUAAACAAUACAAUGUCUCCGAAAAGCUGUUCUUGGAUGUCAUGAGGAUAUUAAAAGAGACAAGAGGUGGUGAUGAUUAUGUGAUUGGCGAUCAUGUCUUGACCCAUCAUCAAAGAGGAGAUAUAAUAAUUUGCGAUAGUCAUGAUGGCACACCAUUGCCAAUUGCAAAUGCUUUCAGCACUGCAAGCUUUGGCAUUUUGCGGAAACUCCCAGAUAACAAUAGAUGGACAGUUAUUGUAAUUACUGGAAGAAAUGGUGAAAUAAAAAAUACCGGAUCACCGACUGGGCCAUUUCUUUCUAAACUCAGAGAUCUUCAUGCCCUUGGAUAUUAUGCUGCAUUGGUGUCGUGGAAAAAAUAUUCAAAACUACAGUCAGCUAGAGAAAAGUGUGAUUAUUUACAUGAAUUAAUCCAUAAUGCUUUAAAUAAUAAAGUUUAAGACUAAA